GCUGGACUCGCCCUUUGGUUGCCAGCUUGGCUAGGGAUCCGACAGAGCAGCUCAGCGUUCCUUGGACACAGCAGGUCCUGGGUCCGGGUCUGUUAUUUUCAUUACAACUGCCACUUAGAGAUACCAAAGUAGAAGAUAUUUUUAUCUUUGACGCAUUCCAGUUCAAGUUGGAGGCACAGGUAGCAGCAAGAAUGGAAAAAUGUACAACAUUUUUAGAGAAAAUGUCCCAGUUAAUUUUGGAUGAAAUGCCAAAAGCUGAAUAUUCCAGUUUAUUUAAUGAUUUUGUUGAAUCCGAAUAUUUUUUGGUUGAUGGAGAUUCGAUACUUAUCACAUGUAUAUGUGAUAUAUCCUUAAAGCAUGGACAGAAUCUCCACUUCUUCUAUCUGGUUGAACUCUAUCUUGUGGAUCUUAUUAGUAAAGGAGGACAAUUUACCAUAGUUUUCUUCAAGGACGCAGAGAAUGCAUAUUUCAACUUCCCUGAACUUCUUUCUUUGAGAACUGCUUUAAUUCUUCAUCUUCAAAAUAACAAUACCAUUGAUGUUCAAACUAAAUUUUCUGGAUGCUUAUCAGAAGAGUGGGAAAUUUUCCUGGAAGAGAGGUGCCCAUAUUUUCUGAUAGUUGCAGAAGAAGGCCUGAACCCUUUACAAACACACCUUUUCAACUUUUUAAUCAUUCAUUCUUGGGCAAUGAAGGUCAAUGUUGUGCUUUCCUCAGGGCAAACAUCUGAUCUACUGAGACUUUAUGCUUACCUUCUUCCAAGCAUGUACGCACACCAGAAAUUUUUCAAGAAGAAUAAAAAGAUGAUUGGAGAUGCUUAUAAAAGCCUACUCAAACAAAUGCAAGAAUUGAGAGGUUUAACAUUAACAUCUCUUUUUGGAAAUUUAAAAUGGAAAAAUUUGAUGGAAGAGGCGUGUGAGACUAUAUCUCUACUUAAGCAAGUCUGGCCAGAAGGGUGUGACAUUCGACGUGUCCUUUGUGUUACUUCAUGCUCAUUAUCUCUGAGAAUGUAUCAUUGUGUUUUAGAAAACAGAAAAACCUCCUCUGAUCAGAAGGCUGACAUCAAACAGGUGGAAAGUAAUUGCUUUACCCUGCAGGAGAUGGGAGAUUUAUGUAAGCUGCAUUGUCUCAGUGUGGUUUUUCUACUCCACCUACCUCUUCCUCAGAGAGCUUGCACUCGGUUCAUCACUUCUGAUUGGAUUAAGGGCAUAGAGCCUUUAUUAAAAAUGGAAAAGUGGUGUGAAUAUUUUAUCCUAAAUAAUAUAAAUAUGUUUGAAUUUUGGAAUCUGAAUUUAAUUCACCUUUCUGACUUAAGUGAUGAGCCUUUAUUGAAGAAUAUUGCUUUUUACUAUGAAAAUGAAAAUGUGCAAGGCCUACAUUUGAAUUUAGGAAAUGUCAUUACAAAGGAUUAUGAACAUCUCUGGAAUACUGUAUCAAACCUAGUCAGAGAGUUUGAUGUCGGACAGCCAUUUCCUCUGAGAACAACAAAACUUAAUUUUCUUGUAAAGAAUCCAUCACCAAUCAAAGGUAGCUCCAAGGAAAAGAUGCCUAAUUUGGGUUUUAUUCCAGUGUCAUCUGAUGUGGUUGAUAAGUUUGUUGGAGACAUUAUGAAAGAUUUGCCUUUGCUAAAGAGAGAUGAUCCUAUGAUUACUUCACUGGUUAAACAAAAGGAAUUUGAUGAACUUGUGCAUUGGCAUUCGCACAGACCACUUAGUGAUGAUUACGACAGGUCCAAGUGUCAAUUUGAUGAAAAAUCUAGAGAUCCUCAUGUUCUUAGAUCUGUGCAAAAGUAUAAUCUUUUUCAGCGAUUUUAUGGGAAUUCAUUAGAAUCCGUCUCUUCAAAAGUCAUCGUAACUCAGGCUGUUAAGCCAAAGAAGUACUUCAGUGAGCCCAAGAGGAAAAAGGCACAUGAGACCAAGGCUGAGAUAAUCACUAGAGAAAAUAAGAAGAGGUUAUUUGCCAAGGAAGAGCAAAAAGAAGAGCAAAAGUGGAAUGUUCUGUCAUUUUCUAUUGAAGAGGAAAUGAAAGAGAAUUUGAAUUCUGGAAUAAAGAGCCUGGAAGAUUUUUUGAAAUCAUGUAAAAGUAACUCUGUAAAAUUUCAAGUUGAAAGGGUAGGGUUAACUGCUUGCUUGAAAGCAUGGAAAGAACAUUGCCGAGGCGAAGGUAAAACCACAAAAGAUUUAAGUAUUGCUGUUCAAAUGAUGAAAAGGAUCCACUCAUUAAUGGAAAAAUACCCGGAACUUUUGCAAGAAGCAGAUCGGCAACUCGUGGCCAAAUGCCUUAAGUAUUUAGGAUUUGAUGAGUUGGCUAAUUCUUUAUAUACAACCCAGGAUACAAGAGAUGACAGAAAGGAGAAGAAAAAGAACAAGUACUCAAUUGGCAUUGGGCCAGUUCGGUUUCAACUACAAUACAUGGGGCAGUAUUUGUUCCGAGAUGAGAGAAAAGAUCCAGAUCCCAGGGUCCAAGAUUUUAUUCCUGACACAUGGCAGCGAGAGCUCCUUGAUGUUGUGGAUAAUUAUGAGUCAGCGGUGAUUGUAGCCCCAACAUCCUCAGGCAAGACCUUCGCUUCCUACUACUGCAUCGAGAGGGUGCUCAAGGAGAGCGACCACGGGGGUGUCUACGUUGCGCCAACAAAGGCUCUUGUUAAUCAAGUGGCAGCAACUGUUCAGAAUCGUUUUUCCAAAAAUCUGUCAAAUGGUGCUCUAUGUGGUGUUUUUACAAGGGAGUAUCGUCAUUAUGCUUUAAACUGUCAGGUACUUGUUACAGUUCCUGCCUGCUUUGAAAUUCUGCUGCUUGCUCCUCAUCACCAAAGAUGGGUAAAAAGGAUCAGAUAUGUUAUAUUUGAUGAGGUUCAUUGUCUUGGCGGAGAAAUUGGAGCAGAAGUCUGGGAGCAUCUCCUUGUCAUGAUUCGAUGUCCCUUUUUGGCUCUUUCAGCCACUAUAAGUAACCCUGAACAUCUCACUGAGUGGCUACAGUCAGUAAAAUGGUACUGGAAACAAAAAGACAAAAUAAUGGCAGAAAAUGUUACUUCUAAAAGACAUGAGGGCUAUCAUGCCAAUUUUCCUGAAGACUACUUGCAAGCAAAACAAUCAUAUAAAGUUAGACUUGUGCUCUAUGGAGAGAGAUACAAUGAUCUAGAGAAGCAUAUGUGUUCAGUAAAAGAUGGUGACAUUUAUUUUCAACAUUUUCACCCAUGUGCUGCACUGACCACAGAUCACAUUGAAAGGUAUGGAUUCCCUCCUGAUCUCACUCUUUCUCCUCGAGAAAGCAUCCAGCUUUAUGACACCAUGCUUCAAAUUGGGAAGAGGUGGCCCCAGGCCCAGGAACUGUGUCCAGAGAACUUCGUUCAUUUUAACAAUAAAUUGGUCAUUAAGAAGAUGGAUGCUAGAAAAUAUGAAGAGAGCUUAAAGGCAGAAUUAACAAAUUGGAUUAAAAAUGGCAGUAUGGAAGAGGCCAAAAGGGUACUACACAGUCUUAGCCCUCAGCCAGAUUUUAGUUCAGAAAACAAGAAGGCAAUGUUUCCACUUCUCGUUGAAAAACUAAGAAAAAUGGAAAAGUUACCUGCACUGUUUUUUUUAUUCAAUUUAAAUGCUGUAGAAGACAGAGCUAAAAGCGUGUACACUUUCCUAGAGAAAAGGCGGGAGAUCAAAAGGGCUCCCAAAGCUGAUAAAGAAGUCCAGGUCAUGGCUAACAAACUUCGAAAAAUCAAAAAAUCCAUGGAGAAACAAAAGAUAAUUGAAGAAAAAAGCCAGGAAAAAGCUAGAAAAAUGAAUCAAAACCUAAUACUUGAAGCUCAGCAUGAUGAUCUACUGAGGAGUCUAGAUGAGAACCUGGAAAUCCCUCAGGACUGCACAUAUGCUGAUCAAAAAGCACUGGAUGCUGAGACUUUACAGGUAGUGUUUGAUCGUGUAAAAUUUCAAAGAAAAGGUGAAGAACUAAAAGCUUUGGCAAAAAGGGGUAUUGGAUACCAUCACAGAUCUAUGAGUGCCAAAGAAAAACAAUUAGUUGAAAUUCUCUUUAGGAAAGGAUAUAUUAGGGUGGUGACAGCUACUGGAACACUUGCUUUGGGAAUUAACAUGCCUUGUAAAUCUGUGAUUUUUGCUCAAAACUCGGUCUAUCUGGAUGCAUUAAAUUAUAGACAGAUGUCUGGUCGUGCUGGAAGACGAGGUCAAGACCUGAAGGGAGAUAUAUAUUUCUUUGAUGUUCCAUUUUCCAAAAUUGGGAAACUCAUAAAAUCCAAUGUCCCUGAGCUAAAAGGACAGUUCCCUCUUAGCAUCAGCCUGGUCCUGCGACUCAUGCUGCUAGCUUCCAAAGGAGAUGACCCAGAAGAUGCCAAGGCAAAGGUGCUGUCAGUGCUAACGCAUUCAUUGCUGUCCUUCAAACAACCCAGAGUUAUGGCAAUGUUAAAACUUUACUUUUUGUUUUCUUUACAAUUCCUAGUGAAAGAGGGCUAUUUAGAUCAAGAAGGUAAUCCUAUGGGGUUUGCAGGACUUGUAUCACAUUUGCAUUAUCAUGAACCUUCAAAUCUUGUUUUUGUGAGUUUUCUUGUAAAAGGUCUUUUCCAUAAUCUCUGUCAGCCAUCCAGGAAAGGCUCAAAACAUUUUUCUGAAGAUGUUAUGAACAAGCUAAUGUUAGUAAUGGCAAAUCUCUUUGGAAGAAAACAUUUUCCUCCAAAGUUCCAAGAUACUACCUUCAAGUUUCAUCAAUCAAAGGUGUUCCUUGAUGAUCUCCCUGAGGAUUUCAAUGAUGCUUUAAAUGAAUAUAACAUGAAUAUUACAAAGGACUUCGCCUAUUUUCUACUGAUUGUUUCCAAAUUGGCUGAUAUGAAACAGGAAUAUGAACUCCCAUUGUCAAAAAUCAAAUUCACAGGCAAAGAAUGUGAUGACUCCCAACUUGUGUCUCAUUUGAUGAACUGCAAAGAAGGGAGAGUAGCUAUUUCGCCAUUUGUCUGUCUUUCUGGGAACUGUGAUGAUGAUUUGCUUCAACUAGAAACUCCAGACCAUGUCAUUCUACACACAAUUGGUAUUAAUCACAUUCAAGCUCCUGUGCUAUCAUCAGAGAUAUUUGAUAACCAAGGAAGAAGAAUGCCACUUAAUGCUUAUGCCCUUGAUUUCUAUAAACAUGGUUCCUUGAAAGGAUUAGUCCAGGAUAACAGGAUGAAUGAGGGAGAAGCUUAUGAUUUGUUGAAAGAUUUUGGACUCACCCUUAAAUCUAUCAGUGUUUCCUUGCGUGAACUAUGUGGAAAUGAAGAUGACAAUGUUGUCUUAGCCUUUGAACAACUGAGUGAAACUUUUACUGAAAAAUUUAGGAAAAUCUAAAAACAAAGUCUGUGCAAACCACGUAAGAGAAUUCCAUAGGAAUUUUAUAAGUCGUAUUUUUGAUUCUCAUGCUUUUUGCCAGAAAUAUAUAUAUGAUGAUGUGGAAAGAACAAGUCUUCACAGUCAAGAAUGCCCCAUUCCAUCAUGAAUAUCCAGAAAUUAUUUAGUCUACCUGAAUGUUAAUUUCUUUUUAUAAUCGAGUAAUGCUUACAUCUCAGGUAGCUUGAGGAUUUACUGAAAAAAAUGCAAAGAUUCUAUAUACGGCUGAGGAACAACUUUUACUCCAUUAGAUAAAAACAAAUAAUACAUUGUAAAUAUUUUUCUCCUCAGUGUCAAGAGUUGUAAAAAGCUUAUGAAGGCUAGAAAAAAUGAUUACAGUACUCUGAAGGUAAAUGUAUUCUCUCCAAUUUACAUAAAUGCAAUUACAUGGCUUAGAUAAAAAGCUAUUGUAAUAGCACCAUUCAGUAAAUGGAAACUUGUUUAGAAAUAUAAAUGACUUUUGUACAAAUGUUGUGAUGUUUUAAAAGAGAACAUACAGCUGGCAAUUUGCUUUACUUUAAUUGUAUAUAUGUGCCUGGAGAAAGAAAAAGAAAUAAAAUGGAAUUAAUUUA